AUGUCGGCCUCACCACCGCCGCCAGCACUCGGGCUCGAACCCGCGGCACAGAAGCCGCCAGCGCUCAGGCCCCUCCGCCGUGCUGCAGGCCCCGCCCCCGCCGCCUCGCCCCGCCCCCUGCCCGGCACCGCGCUGGGUCCUAGCGCCGCCGUCUGGAGCCCAUCUCCGGCGGGCGAAGGCUUUUCCUCCUCAGCUCCGGCACAGCUCCUCCGCUCACCCCAAAACCGGGGCCGGCAGUGGGUCUGCAGCUCCCCCCACUCCGGAAUCCCAGCCGCCGUGACGCCAACCCCGACUUCUCCCUGGCAAAAAGGACAUCAUGGUCCCGGGGGGCCCCGGCUGGUGCGUCCUGGUGGGGCUCUGCGCCCUUGUCCCCCCGCCACCACCCAGGGGGGACCAGAAGAGGACGUGACACCCAGCACCAGGACGGAGGAGUUGGGGUACCACCUCGCCCAGGAUGGGGACCCACUCCGGGACCCCCAGCGCUGCGGCAUCACCUUCCAUACCCCCAGCCCUUGCAGGCCCCGUGGGUCACCCGCCUCCGCCUCUCGCGAUGAGCUGGAUCAUCUCAAGAACCUCUUGCAGGACACCAAGGCCAGCCUGAAGGACGUGGAGACGGCGGCCACGCUGGAGGACAACCAGACCCGCUACCAGGACAUCAUCACCGAGGCGCUGCCCGCCAUCCACGGAGCCAACCUGGAAUUUCAGGAGAGCCUGGAUAAUGUCCGCAGGGAGCUGGAGGCUCACGUGGCCGAGGCCGAUCACCCACAGACAGCCGAGAAGAAGGAGAAGCUGCGGAAGGGUGUCCGCGUGGUGGCCCACAUGCUCCGGCUCACCGGCCGCCUGGCCCAGACCCUCGACGCCGCUUCCCACCGCCUCCACGUUGAGCUGAGCCGGCGCCUGCAGAGCUCGGCCGCCCGCGCCGCCGCUGCCACCGAGCCCUAGGACAGCGGGGACGGGCUCCGCCGUCAACCCUGCACAUGGCCUUGCUUGCUGCUAGCCAGCCCCGCGCACCAACACCUAAGCCAUCACACCCGGAGCCUUGGCUGAACCAGCUCGCCCCAGAGGGUCUUCAAAAUGAACCCCAGCUUUUUUGGGGCUCGGCUGCAUCUCGCCGGUGCUCCGGCAGCAUCACCGCCCGCAGAUAACCGUGGGCAGAGCCGCUGCCGGCCCCCGGUUAAUCCUUCGCCCUUGUGAGCGCUUUGUCCAGGCUUGGAAGAGCCUUUUUGCCCCUGGGGUGGUAAGAGCGGAGCCUGGGUCUGGAGCUGCAGGCAGGGCCAGGGGGGCCUGGGGCUGCCCUGCCUGCACAGGGCAGUGCAGGCAGCAAGAGAGCGGCUGGAGAUGAACCGCCUGGCAAUAAAUCGAAGCUGGCAACUCGAGCGCUCCCAGCCCACUGAGGUUUGGGCAGCGGGAAAAGAGCUGGAGGCAGAAAAUCCCUUUGUGUUUGUAAGCCCGGAGGUUCUCCCGGGAGGCUGGAGGGAAUG